UGCAUCCACAGAGCUAUGUUACAACCCAACAAGAUUCUUCCCAUCUCAAGAAAUAACAAGGACCGCCUAAAGUCAGUAAAAUGUGCUGAAAAUGUUCGCAAAUGCCCUCGCCAGACAUCACCGCCAAUAAAUCCUCAAAAAAACGGAUUUGGGUUGAUAUGUCACAAAGUCAGCUCCACACAGAACUAUUCGCAUCGACAAGGAAUGUCCAAACCCUCUACACAGACAUGCAAAAAAACCAUCAAGAACAAGCUCUUCACUUUCACUUUACCGAGUAUGACAUGUGAAAGUGUUCUAAAAGAUACCAAGCGAUACCUGACGCUAUAUGAGCAGAUGGAAAUAAAAGACUACAAAAAAAUCUGGUUCAUCGGAAAAAAGGAAUGUAAAAUUCAGAGCCGGACACAGACUGUAUCGGAGGAGGCCGAGUCCUUUGAUGAUGACCAAGGGUUCUAUAAAGCAAGGAUUGGAGACCACCUGGCUUAUCGCUUUGAGAUAUUGAGGGUGAUAGGAACAGGAUUUGCGGGAAAAGUCCUCAAGUGCAAAGACCACAAGACUGCAAUGCUCGUGGCAAUCAAGAUCUUUCGAAACACAGCCGAAGGUCAUGAGUUUGCAGAGGCUGAACUAAAAGUUUUAAAGAGCCUGCAAAAGUUGGACAAGAGUAACAAAGCCAAUAUGGUCCACAUGAAGGAGUUCUUCCACUUUCGCAAUCACCUCUGCAUCACCUUUAACCUGUUUGAAAAGGACCUCUUUAAAGCCUUAAAUCAGAGCAAGAUGCGACGACUCCAUGACGGAGAGAUAAGAAAAUAUGCAAUAGAUGUGCUUAAGUGUCUUCAGGUGCUCAAAGUCAUGAAGAUCGUCCAUGGUGAUCUGAAACCGGAAAACAUACUGAUAGACAAGGAAAACAAUGCUGCAGUGAGUGACUUUGGAGGCUGCAUUUUUAUGAAAGACAAUGACAGACCAACGGUUUAUACUCUACCGUACAUGUCUCCAGAGUUGCUCCUUGGCAAAACCUCCACCCCCGCCACUGACAUGUGGAGCCUGGGCUGCAUGUUGGCUGAGCUCGACAGAGGCUACGCUCUCUUUGGUGGCCAGACCAAAGCAGACAUGUUCUAUUCUAUAACGAGAGUUCUGGGUGCCCCACCAGGAGAAAUGCAGAUUGAAGCAAACGACAAAAAAUUUGGCAUUGGCACUCCAGACAUUGAUGUUUCAAAGCAACCUAAAAAUGCCUCGGCCAUUAAAAUAAGAUCCAGCAAUCCAAAGUUUCUGGAUUUCAUCAUGUCCUGCCUGGAAUAUGAUACAAAGAAGCGCCUAACACCAGAGCAUGCUUUGCGUCACCCGUGGAUCCUAAACACAGACACAACCAAACCCAUGAAGACUGCUAUUAAAAUGAGUGUCAAAGCUGCCAAAAACAGCUUACUAAAGAGAGACAAAAUGCCACCACCGCUGUUGAAGUCACUGGCACAACGUAAAGAAGUGACCGCUUAA